UGACGCCAGCGCGUCCGAAGAGGGAAGUGGAGCAGCUCGAGCCGUCGGGUGUCAGAUGCCAUUCCCCGUGGGGGGUGUUGAUGUUACAGAUCCACUUCAUUUGAAUGGAUUUUACUUUCUCCACAUCGGGAUUGUAAAAAGGAGUAACAUAACAGCCCCGCCCACCUCCUCAAGUCAGUCGUUUUUGAGAUACGGAACGGGCGGUUUCUUUCAAAAUUUUAAAUUCUUCUUUGCAGCAACUCCUCUCCGCACCCUGACGCCUUCCCCUUCCUCUCUCCGUCCACCCGCCUCCCUCAACCACCUCCGACCCUCCCCUUUUCUAAGAGAGGAGAACAGCCUCCCUGCACAAUGUCAGGAGUCAGGCCGCACUUUUACAAGCAAGAGUUGAAUAAGACAAUCUGGGAAGUGCCGGAGAGAUACCAGAACCUCUCUCCCGUCGGAUCUGGGGCUUACGGCUCCGUCUGCUCUGCAUUUGACACGCAAUCAACUUAUCGUGUGGCAGUGAAAAAACUUUCCAGACCAUUUCAAUCUAUCAUUCAUGCAAAACGAACAUACAGAGAGCUACGAUUGUUGAAACACAUGAAACAUGAAAAUGUAAUUGGCCUAUUGGAUGUUUUCACACCAGCAACAACAUUACAAGAUUUUACUGAUGUCUACCUGGUGACCAGCUUAAUGGGAGCAGAUCUAAACAAUAUAGUCAAAUGUCAGAAGCUCACAGAUGAUCAUGUACAGUUCCUAAUUUAUCAGAUUCUUCGGGGUCUUAAGUAUAUCCAUUCAGCUGGGAUCAUACACAGAGAUUUGAAACCCAGCAAUCUAGCAGUGAAUGAAGAUUGUGAGCUAAAGAUUUUGGACUUUGGAUUGGCUCGUCAUACUGAUGAUGAGAUGACUGGAUAUGUAGCCACCAGAUGGUACAGAGCUCCAGAGAUAAUGCUAAAUUGGAUGCAUUACAAUCAAACGGUUGAUAUUUGGUCUGUUGGGUGCAUUAUGGCAGAACUGCUGACAGGAAAGACUCUGUUUCCAGGCACUGACCAUAUUAACCAGCUUCAGCAGAUCAUGAGAUUGACAGGAACCCCUCCUCCUGCCUUAAUUAACAGGAUGCCCAGCCAUGAGGCUAGAAACUAUAUCCUAACCUUACCGCACAUGCCAAAGCAGAGCUUUGAAGAUGUAUUCAUAGGAGCUAAUCCUCAAGCUGUUGACCUUUUGGAGAAAAUGCUUGUGCUGGACACGGAUAAGAGGAUUACAGCAGCAGAAGCUUUGGCUCAUUCAUAUUUCUCUCAGUAUCAUGAUCCAGAUGAUGAACCUGAAGCAGAUCCUUAUGAUCAGUCAUUUGAAAGCCGAGAUCUUGAAAUAGAAGAAUGGAAGAGAUUAACCUAUGAAGAAGUACUCAGCUUUGUGCCACCUGAGCUACAAGUCGAGUGUAUGGACUUGGCACCAUGAAAACCUUACUUCUGUCCUAAGAUCCUUUUUAUAUUGCAUCACUGUGAGGACUUAACCAGUUCGACUGAUUUGUUCUUUCCAAUAUUAUCAAGUGCCUAUCAUGGUCUUGAUGAUGGAUUGUUUGUGGGUGAGGGAAAAAUAGAACUUUUAUAACAAUUCUUCUACAGCCUGCAUGUUUUGCUAAAUCCUUGACAGUUGCCAGCUUUUUCUAUAUUGCUGUUAUCAUCCACUGUGAACUUGGUUUGUUUGCUAACUAUAUCCCUUGCAAGCACUUGUAUUGGAACUGGUAAACUUUGUGUAUUUGUAUGCCUUAUUUUCAAAAAUUGCAUACUAUUUUAAAUGUUCAAUUCAUGUACAGAAACCACCCAUCCUAAAAGAAAUCUACAUGCAGUAAUUGUUACUUUUUAUAAAAAGUACACAUGGGAUGUACAUUAAUUUAUAGAUAUAUUUGCUGUUUACAGCAUAAAGGGGUGAUUUUGUUUUUAUUGUGACUUCAUUUUAAAAUCCUAUUUGACUGUUCAGCAAUACUACUACAACUAAAAGGGCGCAUGUCUUCACUGUUUAUGUUAGAAUGGGAAUGUUAUAGCACAGAUUCAAGAUUUAGGUAAGUUUACUUAUUUGUAUUAAAAUGCUUCACUUUUGUGUAAGAUCAAGUAGAAUUAUGAAAAAAUAUUUUCCAUACAUUAAUAACUACUCAAGCUGUUCAAUCUACCCAUAGAGUUCUUUGUAAUUGGACUGUGACUUGCCAGGUGUGACAUUGUAGUAAAACCAUAAAACUAUUCCAAAAUAAAUUCGAAUGCUUUUACAAAAAUAA